AGAGGUGGGGCGGCGUUGGCUGGGGCUGGGUGUGAGUCUGGUAGUUCCGGGACCCGGCGGCUGGAGGACCCGGGAGGGUAACCGGGAGCGCCGCGCGAAGGGGAGGAGCCUGCCUCGGCCCCCGGGGGUCAGGGAGAUCGGACUUCGGGGCGGACGCUGGGAGGAGGCUUGGAAACGGGUUUAUGGCCGGGCUGACCGUGGCCCGGGCCCAGGGACGGCAGCCCUGGGGAUAGAUGAGCCUCGGAGCCUGGGUUUGGUGCUCGAAGGUACCACGAGUGGAUGCAGUCGGAGGAGCUGCAGCGCCUGACAGCCUCGGAGCCGCUGAGCCUGGAGCAGGAGUAUGCCAUGCAGCGCAGCUGGCGGGAGGACGCCGACAAGUGUACCUUCAUCGUGCUGGACGCGGAGAGGUGGCAGGCCCAGCCCGGUGCCCCCGAGGAGAGCUGCAUGGCGGGAGAUGUGAACCUCUUCCUCACGGACCCAGGAGACCCCACCCUGGGGGAGAUCGAGGUCAUGAUUGCAGCCACAGGACGGAGCGGUGGCUGCAGCCUCCCAGACUAAGUGGAAGGGUGUCAGGUGUCCACGCUGGGGCCUGGCGCCUGGCGUCACCGCUGUUGUCUCUCCUAGAGCCCAGCUGCAGGGGCAAGGGCUUGGGCACCGAGGCCGUUCUUGCGAUGCUGUCGUACGGAGUGACCAAGCUCGGCCUGACCAAGUUUGAGGCUAAAAUUGGGCAAGGAAAUGAACCGAGCCUCCAGCUGUUCCGGAAACUUCACUUCGAGCAGGUGGCUGUGAGCAGCGUCUUCCAGGAGGUGACCCUCAGGCUGACCAUGAACACGUGCGAGCGCCAGUGGCUCCUGGAGCAGACGAGCCACGUGCAGGAGAGGCCCUACCGGGACAAGUUGGCAGAGCCCCACUGACAGCCCUGCGCGGGAGCUGGGGGGGCCUCGGGGCCGGACACUCCCAUGCCCACUCCAGGCGAGGGUCAGCUUCCAGGACACAGCGGGGCUUGCCUUGGUGCCCCUAGCCACCACUGCCGCACGGACCUCAGGGCCUGGCCCUCCUCUCCUCCCCUCUCCUGACCAGGAACCCAGAGUGGACGCCAGGAAUCCCCGGAAGCCAGGGUGGAAGGGAGGGCAGGGUGCAGGCAGCCUGGAGGACUGGCCGGGAAGUGGACAGGCCUCUCUCCUUCCACGGCUGGAGUAAAGCACGUGGCAUG